CCUGGUGUGAAAUUCCAAGCACCACCAAUAGCCUGGUUCCAGUUGGACAAUUAGACUAAUAAACCUCCACUCUCAACUUAUGUCGCGUGUCGCCACGUAUCUUUGAAUCCAAUAUAUUUUCUAAGGAGUGAAGUUCACGCACCUGAGAUUUAAUCUACAAAUAGACUCAAAGUAAGCAAUUUUUGCCAAACCAAAGAAAGUCUGAUGCAAAAAUGAAAAACUUUCAUUUCAUUUAUUUCUAACCGUAAUUCUCCUUCAACUCUUCACCUCCUUUACCUCUCAGUCUGAGGAAUGGAGAAUUCUUCAAAACUCCAAGAAAACCAAAGCCCAUCAUCUCUUGUCCCAUCCCCAAAUACUCGUAGUUCCAACAGUUCUAGCAGUAGUGGCCUCCACCACCACAACCACCUAUCACCUCCGGCGUCACAGCCGUCUCCAUCACCUUGCGUACCCAUAACCAGAUCCGAACCAAACAGCCCACAUCCAACAACUUUUGUCCAGGCGGACACAUCCUCUUUCAAGCAAGUGGUUCAAAUGCUCACAGGAUCCACCGAGACGGUCCGCCACGCCUCCCGACCGGACCCGGCGAAGAACCCGAUUCCUCCUAUGAAGACUGGGAUGAAGAAGGAUAAGUCAACCUCCAAGCUGUACGAACGAAGAAACAGUCUCAAGGACUUUAAGAUCAGCCCUCUUGGACCUGGACUGAUGAACACGAGACCCAGAUUCUUGUCUGGGUAUUCGGGUUCUCCCCGAAUGGGAACUGCAGAAGUUCUAUCUCCCAGUAUUCUUGAUUUCCCAUCUCUGGUGCUCAGUCCUGUUACACCUCUGAUACCCGACCCGUUCAAUCGGUCACCGAACGAUGGAGCUAGCAAUUUGAACACGGCAGCAGAGGAGAAGGCAAUUAAAGAAAAGGGAUUUUACUUGCACCCAUCGCCGGCGAACACUCCGAGGGAUACGGAGCCCCGGCUUUUACCUUUAUUUCCGGUCACCUCACCGAGAGCAGCAGAUUCUUCUAAUGGUGCAGAUUCUUGAGUGAGUUCCCCUUUCCCUUUCCCUUUUGUAGUUUUGCUUCAAUUAAUGUACCAUUCUAUAUGUGAAACCACACAGACGGGAUUUGGAAUUGAUGAGGCAACUAUUUAUGAACGCUCUAAUUAAACUCAACAAUUUGAAAAAAAAAAAA